AUGUCCUCCAAUAAUUCAGGAACAUCAGCAACAGAAUCCUCAAGACCUAGUACAGCGACCUCGUCCUCUGCCAAAGCGACGCAUACGAUCAAAGUUGGGCCUAAAGAAGAUCCGCAUGGCUACGUUCCACACUCACUAGACGCCAAUGUCGGCGAUUUGAUCGUCUUCGAGUUCUCCCCUCGCAAUCACUCUGUUGUGCAGGCAGACUGGAAGGCACCAUGCAUUCCUGCCGAUGGGGACUAUUUCUUCUCUGGGAUUAAGAAUGAUUUCGACGAAGUAAAUGGGCAGGUUGUCGGUGCAUUGCCGACGUGGAAUUGGACUGUCGAGCGGGACGAGAACGAAACAAGAACAUGGGAAUCCCAACGAGACGCCGCCCUCGACUCCCCCUACAUGCUCCUCCCCGGCCAACCCAUGCCAGCCGAAGGCUCGAAACCCGGCAGCGGCACAUCCACAACGGACCACGCGCCCCCACCCUCAGCAAGCAGCUCAUCCUCCCACGGCCUCAGCCCCGGCGCAAUAGCAGGCAUCACCGUCGGCGCCGUCGCCGUCGUCGCGAUCCUGUGUGGGCUCCUCUUCGUCCUCGGCCGGAACACGAUAUACAGGAAGUGGCUUUCGCAGAGCGCCGAAGGAAGCGGCGGGAGCGCAAGCUCUGCGAAGAAUAUCCGCACCGCCCAGUGGGUGCAGUCUUCGCCUUCUGCGGGCGAUGCGGCGCGGAGCGAGGGCGAUGCCGGGAGUACCGGUGUCCCCGGGUACAUCAACGUGCAUGGGUCUUCGCCGGUGAACGAGCCUGCGGGGCUUGCGCUUGGGCAUGGGCAUGGGCAUGGGCAUGGGCUUGGACUUGGAUCCCGGCCGGCUACGGGGAUGGGAUUCGUCUCGAUGGAUCAUAAUCUGCCGCAGACCCCGCCGCAUAGCGGUGUGUUUUCGGCGCUUGAUGGGGCGUAUGGGGUUAAGUCUCCGUCUCCUCUGGGGACGCCGAGGCCGGUUCCGCAGCAGCAGCAGCAGCAACAGCAACAACCGUAUUGGAUUUGGGAUCAGAGCAUCCAGCCGUAUCACCUGGGUGGUCGGAGCGGCGGACCGUCAGAGCUGGAGGCGAAUAGUGGCAAGUGA